AUGGCUCCAGAUCGCUUAGAUUUACAGAGGAUGGAGAAGAAGAGUACAGAGAGCUUUAAGGAGUAUGCUCAAAGGUGUAGGGACACAGCAACUCAAGUCCAACCUCCUUUAACGGAUAAGGAGCUAUCUGCCAUGUUCAUCAAUACCCUAAAACAUCCUUUCUAUGAUCGGAUGAUAGGAAGCGCUUCCACAAAUUUCUCUAAUAUUAUGACCAUCGGAGAAACGAUCGAAUACGGGGUUAAACACGGGCAAAUAACCAGUACUACUGAGGAGUUAUUAGCUGCAAAAAGGCAAGUCAUUCCAAGAAGAAAGCUGGCACCUGUACCUGUAGAUCUGAUCCAGCCUCCAUACCCAAGAUGGUAUGAUGUGAAUGCUCGUUGUGACUAUCACGCAGGAGCCAUAGGACAUUCAACAAAGAACUGCACUGCAUUGAAAUACAGAGUUCAAGCUUUGAUUAGGGUAGGGAUCGAGUCGAAGAGUAAGGUUGGCGAUAUUACAAUCCCUUUGGAGGAACUAUUUGAAAAUCUCUUGGGUAGUGGAUAUGUAUCAGUGGAGUACCUAUGCCCAAACCUCAAGUAUAAAGAGUAUGAUGGAAGUCAGACGUGCCCGUUCCACGCUGGGGCAAAAGGUCACUCCCUUGAGCAAUGCAACCGUUUUCAAAAGAGAGUUCAAGAGUUGUUAGACUCAAAAGUCCUUACUGUUACAAAAUCUCAACUGAAGAAAAGGACAAAUGUCGUGGAAGAUAUCUUAGUUGCUGAGGGCUCAAGUGAUUCUCUUAAGCCAAAACCUCUCACCAUUUUUUACUGUGAAAAGCUAGAUGCACCCAGCUGCAGUCGGAAACCAAUCACUAUCACGGUCCCAGCUGCUUUCGAAGUAAGAGGUUUGACACGAACUGAGAGAUGUUAUACACCGGAUAGCUUGCUAAAGCGCGUGAAUGAGCCCGCUAGUGAAAAGAAUAAAGAGAAAGCAAGUGAGAAGAAGGAAAAAGCAGAGGAAGAUAAGAAAGGGAAGACCAAACUCAACAAGGAUAUUUGUGAUGAACUGGUGGAGGCAAUUGUUGUAAAGGAUGCAAGUCCUAAACAAUCCGUAUCCGAGGAAGAGACUCAAGAUUUUCUAAAGCUAGUGAAGCAAAGUGAAUACAAAGCUUUCGUUUCACAAGACAUCACCGUGGAUAAUUUGAGCAACGUUGUGGGGAAUAUAACGGCAUCUAGCUCCAUCACUUUUACAGAUGAGGAGAUACCACCAGAGAGUACACGACAUACCAAACCUCUCCAUAUCUCAGUUAAGUGUAAAAACUUCCUAAUAGCAAAAGUCCUUGUGGACAAUGGAUCUUCUUUAAACAUAAUGCCAAGAUCCACGCUAGAGAAGUUACCGGUUGAUAUGUCCCAUAUGAGACCUAGUACUGUGAUAGUAAGAGCUUUCGAUGGAGCUUGCAGCACUGUUGUUAGGGAUAUUGAGAUCCUGAUCCAGAUAGGUCCUUGCACCUUUGACAUAACAUUUCAGGUUAUGGACAUCACAUCAGCUUAUAGUUUCUUGCUGGGGCGACCGUGGAUACAUUCGACAGGAGCAGUUCCAUCCACUUUACAUCAGAAAAUUAAGUUUGCGGUUGACCAAAAGUUAGUGAUCAUAUCGGAACUAGAAGACAUUCUAGUCUCAAGGCUUGCUUCGAUGCCAUACGUUGAAGCAGUAGAAGAAGCUUUUGAGUCUUCAUUCCAAUCAUUCGAGAUUACAGAUGCUACAACUUUACAUGGGAAGUUUGGAAUACCUAAGCCACGACUUUUAGAGGCCACCUUUAAAGGAGAAAAUGGGAGCUUAGACAAGCUGCUGAAAAUGGCUAAGAAUACAAAGAAGUUCGGGUUGAGGUAUAAACCAAGUAGAGGCUACAUCAUUAGAGUGCGGAGUUUGGAAAAAGCAAAACGACUCUCAAGAUUUGAGAAUGAGGAGCGUGAUUACCCUAGGAGGAUUGUUCCACGUCUCAACCACUCUUUUAGAAGUGCCGGCAUAAUCCAUCAAGAGUACGAUGAGAGCUCUGCAGUGGCAGUAGUGACAGAAGAAAGAGAGCAAGUCGGACCUUUUGUCUGA